AUGGGGAGCAGAAAAGAACUGUCAAAAGACCUGCGUAACAAGGUAAUGGAACUUUAUAAAGAUACAAAAGGAUAUAAAAAGAUAUCCAAAGCAUUGAAUAUGCCAGUCAGUACUGUGCAAUCUCAUAUUAAAAAGCAGAAAAUUCAGAAAUCUCUUAUUAGCAAACCCAGGUCAUGUAGAUCAAGAAAAAUUGAAGCUACAACUGCCAGAAGACUUUUUCUUGAUACAAAGAAAAAUUCACAAGUAACCUCAGGAGAAAUACAGGCUGCUCUGGUGUGGUUGUUUCAAGGAGCACAAUACAACAAUACUUGAACAAAAAUUA